AUGCUGCCUCUCCUGCAGGGCACCAUCCUCCUUCUCUCCUCCUGCUUCUCAGCAGGGGGAGGCAGCCCCCUCAGCGAAGGCCUGUGGCUGCUGAAGACUGAGUUUGCUCUCCACCUCUACCGGAGUGCAGCAGCAGAGAGAAACGGGACAAACUUUGUCAUCUCGCCAGCUGGUGUGUCCCUCUCCCUGGAGAUUUUGCAGUUUGGAGCCAGGGGGAACACUGGCUGGCAGCUGGCAGGUGCCCUGGGGUAUACUGUGCAAGACCCAAGAGUGAGAGAAUUCCUGCAUACUGUUUACACCACAUUGCACAACUCCAGUCAAGGCAUCGGGAUGGAGCUGGCCUGCACCCUUUUCACGCAAACCGGAACGUCCCUGUCUCCCUGCUUCGUGGAGCAAGUCUCCUGGUGGGCCAACAGCAGUCUGGAGCCAGCUGACUUCAGUGACCCCAAUCGCACCGCCACGGAGGACACAUCGGGACAGAGCACAGGCGAAGGCCCAGGUAACCCUCUGUGGGGGCAGGCUGGUGCCCUGUCUACUCGUCUCUCCAUCAUGAGCACCAUGACUUUCCAAAGUACCUGGCAGAAGAAAUUCUCCUCCAUGACCUCACAGCCCCUGCCUUUUACCUGUGCCCAUGGCCUUGUCCUUCAAGUCCCAGCAAUGCACCAAGUGGCAGAGGUCAGCUAUGGCCAGUUCCAGGAUGCCGUAGGCCAUGAGGUAGACGUUCUGGAGCUGCUGUACCUGGGAAGGGCAGCUAGUUUGUUCUUGGUGCUUCCCCAAGACAAGGAUACCCCUCUGGAUCACAUUGAACCACACCUGACAGCCAGAGUCAUCCACCUCUGGACCACCAGGCUGAAGAGAGCCAGGAUGGAUGUGUUCCUCCCCAGGUUUAGGAUUGAAAACCAGUUUGACUUAAAAAGCAUUUUAAGAUCAUGGGGUAUCACUGAUCUUUUUGACCCACUCAAAGCUAACUUGAAAGGAAUUUCAGGCCAAGAUGGCUUUUAUGUUUCUGAAGCAGCCCACAAGGCCAAAAUGGAGCUCUCAGAGGACGGCAUCAGAACAUCUGCAGCCACAGCUGUGCUGCUGCUGAGGAGGUCUCGGACUCCUGCUUUUAAAGCAGAUCGGCCCUUCAUCUUUCUUCUGAGAGAACAUAGCACAGGGUUUGUCUUCAGCAUUGGGAGAGUUUCAAAUCCCCUUGACUAA